CGCUCUCCCGCCGGCGCACGACCGGCGUCUAGGUUGCUCCGUGACUACCGCGCGCCCGCGCUCGCUCCCGGCUCCGGUGCCGCGCUGUGCGGCCGCGCGCUUUGGUCGGCGGCCAUGUGUUCGCUGGAGGCGGGGAACGGCCAAGGCGCCGAGCUGGGGCCGGAGCCCCCGGAGCUGUCGGACAGCGGAGACGACGCCGGCUGGGAGGACGAGGACGCCGAGCCCGCGCACGGCCGGCAGCACACGCCCUGCCUGUUCUGUGACAGGUUGUUUGCAUCUGCUGAGGAAACAUUUUCACACUGUAAGUUGGAGCAUCAAUUUAAUAUUGAUAGUAUGGUCCAUAAACAUGGACUUGAAUUUUAUGGAUACAUUAAACUAAUAAAUUUUAUUAGACUUAAGAAUCCUACGGUUGAGUAUAUGAAUUCCAUAUACAACCCUGUGCCUUGGGAGAAAGAUGAGUACCUGAAGCCAGUAUUGGAAGAUGACCUUUUGCUUCAGUUUGAUGUAGAAGAUCUUUAUGAGCCAGUGUCGACUCCCUUCUCAUACCCCAAUGGACUCAGUGAAAGUACAUCCAUUGUGGAGAAAUUGAAGCACAUGGAGGCGCGGGCGCUGUCUGCUGAGGCUGCAUUGGCUCGGGCGCGCGAGGAUCUGCAGAAGAUGAAACAAUUUGCUCAGGACUUUGUGAUGAACGUAGAUGUCAGAACCUGCUCCUCCACGACUGCCAUUGCAGACCUGCAGGAAGAUGAAGAUGGUGUCUACUUCAGUUCCUACGGGCAUUAUGGGAUACAUGAAGAAAUGCUAAAGGACAAAGUCCGCACAGAAAGCUACAGAGAUUUCAUAUACCGAAAUCCACACAUCUUCAAAGAUAAGGUUGUUCUGGACGUUGGGUGUGGAACUGGAAUUCUCUCCAUGUUUGCUGCCAAAGCUGGGGCAAAGAAAGUGAUUGCAGUUGAUCAGUCUGAAAUCCUCUACCAGGCUAUGGAUAUCAUAAGACUAAAUAAACUUGAAGAUACCAUUAUACUAAUUAAAGGAAAGAUUGAAGAAGUGAGUCUUCCUGUAGAAAAGGUGGAUGUUAUUAUAUCAGAGUGGAUGGGCUAUUUUCUUCUUUUCGAGUCGAUGUUGGAUUCUGUCCUUUAUGCAAAGAGCAAAUACUUGGCAAAAGGAGGAUCAGUCUACCCUGACAUUUGCACCAUCAGCCUAGUGGCCGUGAGUGAUGUGAGCAAGCAUGCUGAUAGAAUUGCCUUCUGGGAUGACGUCUAUGGCUUCAACAUGUCCUGCAUGAAGAAGGCGGUUAUUCCAGAAGCUGUUGUGGAAGUUGUAGAUCACCAGACUCUUAUUUCAGACCCUUGUGGUAUCAAGCAUAUAGAUUGCCACACUACAUCUAUCUCAGACUUGGAGUUUUCUUCAGAUUUUACCCUGAGAAUCACAAAGACAGCCAUGUGCACGGCAGUUGCUGGGUACUUUGAUAUAUAUUUUGAGAAGAAUUGCCACAACAGGGUCGUGUUCUCUACGGGCCCUCAAAGCACCAAAACACACUGGAAACAGACAGUGUUUCUGCUGGAAAAACCGUUUCCAGUUAAAGCAGGUGAAGCCUUGAAAGGAAAGAUCACAGUUCACAAGAAUAAGAAGGAUCCUCGUUCCCUCAUUGUGACCCUGACCUUGAACAACUCAACCCAGACUUAUGGUCUCCAGUGACCGUUAUGGUCUCCAGCUGCCCCAAAGCCUGAAGCACACAUGACUCUCAUCUUUAAAGAGGGGUCGGAUGGUCAGUGGGAGGGGCAGGCUCCACGGAGCUGCAGCUCCUGGGUAGUAAGUGUAGAUAGAGUGGGGAGCUCAGUGGAGUAUGGUGCCCUCCCGCCUCUGCUGUGGGGAUCCUAGUCGCAGAAGCUUGCUUGGAAGAUUAGCUGAAGGGAGUCAUUUAAAUUGGCUUACUUUUGGACCAGUAAUAGUCCUGGAUUUUUAUAUAUAUAAGUUUCUUACUGUAAAUUUUGUUUUUAAUAAUGAGCAGCACAGAGCAGCGUUUUGUUGCAGAGUUCCUUUCUGGAGGAACAGUUUCUAGUUACACUCUUGGCUGCAAUAUCAGGGUAUCUUAAGGCUCCUGUGGAUCCUCUUUGCAGAAGCCGAGCCAGUUCUCCAGCCACCUGCAGCUCUCAGCCGUCUCUCCUCAGCAUCCGCUAGCCAUACAUAGCACUGCCGGAGGGUCUGACUUCAGUUCUUAGCCUAGGUGCCGUAGAUCCUCUUAAGGCUGAGGUAGAUGUAUGCCUCUCAAAAAUGCUGCCUUUCAGACCAGGUUUGUGUGCCAAGAUCACACACCUCCUAAGAUUAUUAAAUCAUGUUAUUCAGGAUGAAAGAACAAAAAUAUUCAAUAAAAUGUAUAACUAUUGGAAAA